UUCUCUGCAGUGAACCAGUUCACAUCAAACCACUAACCAAUUUUGGUUCCACCUCAACAUUUUAAUUAUGCAGAAAUUUUGAAAAAUUGGUGGAAUGAGUAUUUAUGCUAGAUUUUUUAAACAACAUGACAACUUUAAAAAAAUCAUUUAACAUGAUGCUUUUUUCGUUUGUGUAUAAAAUUCAUAUAUGAAACGUGAGUGAGAUUUUAAGUUUAAACAACAUUUUUUUCCAAUUUCCACAGGGUGGACUCAUGUCAUUCCAUGUGGAAAAUCAGGGGAGGAAUUUUGUGAAGGCAGUGAGUCCUUCACUUAAGAGCGGAAUUAGAUCUCUCAAUGCCUUAACCAUCAGCCUCUUAGAUAUAGAUAAAGACCUUAUGUAUGUGGCCAAAGAUGAUUUCAAGUUCAGGGAAAUUCGGAGUGCUAUAGUUAACGCCCAGCAGAAGCUGGGGGAGGCUGAGUCGGCUGCAUGCGGGGAACUCAAAUUGGUAGAUUAUCGUUAUGAAAAGCUGAUGGUUAGAAAGGGGAAUCUAUCUAGACAGCAGGAAAGCAUAAAAAAUAAUCUACAAAAUUUAAAAUGUCAGCAAAGAAAUAACAAAGCCACUCUAGACAUGUACAAAGCACAUAGAAACUCUGCAGAGAAUCGUCUUAGAGAAGUACGUGAGGAGCUCAUGCGUCAGAGGAGGAAUGUGGAGGAGGCAGAAGCUCUCAGGGAUGCUGGAAUUGGGAUCACAUUUAUUCCCAUUGUUGGAUGGAUUGCUGGUCCAAUAAUGAUUACAGCGGCUGAAAAUGACAUUGAAAAUGCAACUUUCAAUGUCGAGCAGGCAGAGGAAACGGUUGGAAAAUCUGAGUCCCUGGUGCAACACUACAGCUGGAAAGUGUCUGACUAUGAGAGAAAAAUCGAUCAGACUCGCAAUGAGAUUUCGAAGACAGAGGAUGAGCUGAGGCAGAUAGGCUGGGAGAUUGACGAGGUCCUCAUGCAGCGGAAGAAGAUUGCUGACUUCCAGGAGAAGAUGAGGAACUCUGUCAAAGUUCUCGGUUGUCUUGCUGGGACAUGCAACGUGGCAGAGAUUCAAACGCGCUGCUUUGUGUUGCUGGAGGCGAUGAUGAAGUUACUGCAGGACUUUGUCAGGUUGGCGGAAGGCCUCAGAGAAGAUCGCCUUCUCCGGGAUGAAGGCAUUAAAGCCCUCAUCACAAACCUGCAGGUCAACUACAUCAAGCUUAAGGCCAUCGCUGUGCCUCCUGAUACCUCUGCCAUUGAAGAUUACAUAUAAAUUUUCCAUUAAUUUUGUGCAUGACUUAUCUUUACCUAUUUCGGGGGUGUGUAGGGGUGGUGGUGAAAAGGGGAAUAGCCUUCACAAAUGUGUUGUAUGCCGACCUGCUAAAUGCUUUGCAAAAGCUGUCUUUAUACUGAGUGGAUAUUUUAAUGUUCUAUUAAUAGAGGAGAAGUAAAAAUGUACUUCAGUCACAAUUAACUAUGAUCUGUCCUGAAUGCUUAUGAAAUGAAUCAGUGAUAAAAAUAUAUAAAUAUAAAAAUAUUACAAAAAAUAUGGAUUCCAGUGAGAUUUUGUAUUCACACAACUUCUCCAAACGGAUGACACAAGAAGACUAAUAAGACUAUGAACAAAAGUAUAAUGAAACCUGAACAGCUCAGGCCUCUAAGAAAAGAGAAAUGACAGUGCAAUAACAAAAGUAACAUCAACAACAAUUAAAAAAUAAUAAUAAUAAUAAUAAAAGUUCUAAUAGCAGACAUUUUUCUACACUUAUAAUAUGUGGUUUAUGUACCAAAAACAGUCAUAAUUCAUUCAUACGUGGCCAUUUUCCGACCUCUCCUUAUCCGUUAGAAUUAAACAGGCUGUUAUUUGGACUUUGAUACUGAUAAAUGUAAACGGGCUCUGUUAUGAUUGGCUGCUCUGCUGUAGGCUA